CUGCUUUCUCGUCUUCCCAAUUCUUAGGUAUAAGUCCUUCGAUAUUAUUGUCUUGUAUACUGCCCCCCUUCAUCACUUCCUAGCUAGGAAAAGAAAAUGAGAACUCAAUUAGUACUAAGUUAUCUUGUUUUUCUGUGUCUUGUUCUUUGUGGAGUUGUGUGGGGUGCAGGAAAGGUACCACGCAAAAACUUCUACAAGAGCACUCGUUGUCCAAAUGCUGAACAACUUGUUAGAGAUAUCACUUGGAGCAAAGCUAAGAGUGACCCUACCUUGGGUGCUAAAUUGCUUCGAGUCCACUACCAUGAUUGUUUCGUUAGGGGAUGUGAUGCAUCCAUAUUGCUGGAUAAAGUUGGAACAGAUCAAUCUGAGAAGGAGGCCAGACCAAAUCUCUCAUUGGGUGGUUUCAAUGUAAUUGAUGAUAUCAAGCAACAAGUUGAGGCUAAAUGCCCUGGAAUUGUUUCUUGUGCUGACAUUUUAGCUUUAGCUGCUCGUGAUGCUGUUUCCUUCCCAUUUAAAACCUUAAUGUGGGAUGUGGCAACCGGAAGAAAAGAUGGGAAUGUUUCCCUUGCAAGUGAAGUGAAUGGAAACUUACCUUCACCAUUUUCAGAUUUUGCAACCCUUCAACAAAUCUUUGCAAACAAAGGCCUAAAUGUCGAUGAUCUUGUUGCAUUAUCAGGUGCUCACACAAUUGGUGUCGCUCAUUGUGGAGCUUUCUCAAGGAGACUCUUCAAUUUCACUGGCAAAGGUGACAUGGAUCCAUCUCUCAAUCCUACUUAUGCUCAAUCUUUGAAGCAAUUGUGCCCUAAUCCAGCAAAUCCAGCCACAACUGUGGAAAUGGAUCCUUUGAGCUCAACUUCAUUUGAUAGCAAUUACUUCAACAUCCUUACUCAGAAAAAAGGGUUGUUCCAAUCGGAUGCAGCCCUUCUAACUGAAAAAAAAUCAAUUAAUGUCGUGAGAAAAUUGCAAAAAAAUAAGGCUUUCUUUUUUGAGUUUGCAAGAUCCAUGCAGAAAAUGGGAGCCAUUGAAGUUCUUACAGGAAAUGCUGGAGAAAUCAGGAAGAAUUGCCGCGUCAGAAAUUAAUUCUUGAAAAUCCUAUGAUUUUAUCAUAUCUUGUCACAAAAGUGUACAACAUGUGCUAUUUCUGUUAUUUAUGCCUUUAAUCUUAAGUAAUUGUGUGGUUACAUCCAAUUUAAACUUCAUGUAAGUUGGUAAUGUUAAUGUUUGAACAAGCAAGUUGUGACAAUAAAUUAUUACGUUCAAAUC